AUGAGAUAUAAUGAUUCUCAUAAAUAUUUAGAAUAUUUACGAAUGAAUAAAAAUGUAUUUCAUGAAUUAUUGAAGUUAAUUGAGCCAAGUAUUACAAAACAAGAUGUUGUGAGACCUUCAAUACCAGCGUGUACACGAUUAGAAAUUUGUUUACGAUACCUAGCAUCAGGUGAUUCUAUGCAUUCAAUUUCGUUUGCAUUUCGAGUUGGACUAAAUACAGUAUCAAAGAUAGUAUCAGAAACGUGUCAAGCUAUUUGGAAUUGUUUAAAAAAUAAAGUUUUUCCUGAAAAUAAAGAAAUUGUAUGGUUGCAAAAAGCAAAAGAGUUUGAAGAACAAUGGAAUUUUCCAAACUGCAUUGGUGCCAUUGACGGAAAACACGUUGUGCUUCAAGCUCCACCACAUAGCGAUUCAACGUAUUACAAUUAUAAACAUACUCACAGCGUUGUACUCAUGGCACUUGCAGAUGCCAAUUGUUGCUUUACAAUGGUAGAUAUUGGUGCUGAAGGCAGACGAAGUGACGGAGGAAUCUUCUACGAUAGUGAACUUAAGCAUCAAUUAGAAAAUAAUUAUUUAAAGUUACCGAAAGAAACAUCAAUUUUAGUAAAAGAUUUUAGAUUACCUUAUAUCAUAGUAGCUGAUGAAGCUUUUGCUUUGACUUCAUAUAUGCUGCGUCCAUAUUCUCGAUCUU